UGUGAUUUGUGCCUAUUAGUGACCUCUGCUUGUUUUCCGGACUGAUAGAUCGCCUUACGUUUACCUGUGCUAGAACCCUGGACUUAAUUUGUAAUCAUUUAACAUAAUGCCGCGUAAUCUUCUUGCUGAAGAAAGAGAACAAAUCAUCGUUUUGCAUCGGGAAGGUUUCAACAUCUCUCAAAUAGCGGAUGAACUUAAUGUUGCAAGAGCUACAGUACGCCGGUGGGUGGAGCGCUACGAGAACGAAGGCUCGCUGUUAGAUCGAGUACGAAUCAUGCCGUUGCGUGUUGCGCAGCAGCCCCAAAUAAAUCAGAUGUUGCAACACUACUCCGAGCAGCCCUUCACUGCUACAAAAGUUUUUGCUAAAAAAUUUGAGUGCUCGGUAAAAACCAUUCGCAAUUAUCUACACAGAAACGGUGUCCAUAAGGACACCAGCUAA